AUGUUCUCCAUCCAGGACAGCCUCCCCCGGGGGGGCCUGACCAUGAAGGAGGAGCCGCUCCCCACCGGCAUGACCCCGGUCCGCUCCUGGAUGCAGGGCGCAGGGAUUUUGGACGCCAACACAGCGGCCCAGAGUGGAGUGGGUUUAGCCCGGGCCCACUUUGAGAAGCAGCCUCCGUCCAACCUGAGGAAGUCCAACUUCUUCCACUUUGUGCUGGCGCUGUACGACCGACAGGGUCAGCCGGUCGAGAUCGAGAGGACUUCCUACGUAGACUUUGUGGAGAAAGACAAGGAGUACAACGGGGAGAAGACUAACAAUGGAAUCCACUACAGGCUACAGCUCCUCUACAGCAACGGCAUCAGGACAGAACAGGAUCUUUAUGUUCGGCUGAUAGACUCCAUGACCAAGCAGCCCAUCCUGUACGAAGGUCAGGACAAGAACCCGGAGAUGUGCCGCGUCCUCCUCACCCACGAGAUCAUGUGCAGCCGGUGUUGUGACAAGAAGAGCUGCGGAAAUCGCAACGAGACGCCCUCCGACCCCGUCAUCAUCGACAGAUUCUUCCUGAAGUUCUUCCUCAAGUGCAAUCAGAACUGUUUGAAAAAUGCAGGAAAUCCUCGAGACAUGAGGAGGUUUCAGGUGGUGGUUUCCACUACAGUCAACGUGGACGGUCACGUGCUGGCCGUGUCAGACAACAUGUUCGUCCACAACAACUCCAAACAUGGCCGCCGUGCCCGACGCCUGGACCCCUCUGAAGCAGCCACGCCCUGCAUCAAAGCCAUCAGUCCGAGCGAGGGCUGGACGACCGGCGGAGCCACCGUCAUCCUCAUCGGGGACAACUUCUUCGACGGCCUGCAGGUCGUCUUCGGCACCAUGCUGGUCUGGAGCGAGCUGAUCACCCCUCAUGCCAUCCGGGUCCAGACUCCCCCUCGUCACAUCCCCGGUGUGGUGGAGGUCACGCUGUCCUACAAGUCCAAACAAUUCUGCAAAGGAGCGCCGGGACGCUUCGUCUACACCGCCUUGAACGAGCCGACCAUCGACUACGGCUUCCAGAGGCUACAGAAGGUCAUCCCUCGCCACCCCGGGGACCCCGAGAGGUUACCUAAGGAGGUGCUGUUGAAGCGAGCGGCUGACCUGGUCGAGGCUCUGUACGGGAUGCCACACAACAACCAGGAGAUCAUCCUAAAGCGAGCGGCCGACCUCACCGAGGCUCUCUACAGCGUUCCUCGCAGUCACAACCAGCUGCCGUCUCUCACCGGCUCGGCCGCUCACUCAGGGAUGAUGGGAGUGAACUCGUUCAGCAGUCAGCUCGCCGUCAACAUCUCCGAGGCCUCGCAGGCCGACCAGGGUUACUCCCGUAACUCGAACAGCGUGUCUCCGCGCGGCUACGUGCCGAGCUCCACGCCUCAGCAGUCCAAUUACAACACCAUCACAUCCACCAUGAACGGAUACGGAGCGGCGGGGAUGACCAACCUGGGCGUACCAGGAUCCCCCAGCUUCCUCAACGGCUCCACGGCCAACUCUGCUUACGCAAUCAAACAGAAGAGCGCCUUCGCCCCUGUUGUGCGGCCACAGACCUCCCCGCCCCCCACCUGCACCACCACCAAUGGCAGCAACCUCCAGGGUGAGCAUCCCACCCCCCCUCCCGCCUGUCAGCACCCCCGUCCUCUGCUGUCCUCGUCCAUGUCCCUUCUGGACACACAGACGUCACUCCAGCGUCACUCCAUGGCAGGUCUCAUCGUCCCCCCCAUGUGA